AUGUCCACAUCGUAUGGCGUGUCACGGAGAGACGAAACUGGAAGCGAGCGCUCGACGCUGAGCUUGGCGCUCGCCCUGACAACGGCGAUUCUGGAGCGCGCCGUCGACCAGUACCAGGAUUUCCUUUCGAAGAUUCAUGCAUCCACAGCAGAGAGGUAUCCAUUUCUCGGCUGGCUCUGCAGUCCACGCCUGGGCGGGAAGAUCACUGGCAAAUCUGAUGCGCAGCGGCGCCGGGAGCUCGACCUCAAUUGCGCCGCGUGUCGGGCUCUCGCUGCGUUCGAACACCCGGGCCAAGCCACGCACAAGAACGACCAGACAUGCAUUUACGGCGUGGCGUUGUCGGAGGACGCGAUGCGAAACGCCAUCAACCCAGCUAGAAAGAAGAGGCCCGCGUGGGUUGAUACCCAGGUGCCAGACGUGCUCAAUUACGACCCCUACAGCACCGCCCAGCACUCUGCCACGAGCUGCUUCGCGGAGCGGGUUCAGACCAUGGUGAAUUUCGGGCAGCGGCGGGACGCGAUGAUGCAAUUGCGCGGGGUGGAGAAGUCAUUGGUGUGUUCUGACCUGGCUUGCUUGGUGCGCGUGAAUCCCCGGUCCCGCCUCGAUGCCAAGGCGACCGUGCAGGCGUAUGAGCAUUACGAGAAGCACUUGCGCCGACGCGCAGGCACCCUCGGUCUCGGCUCCACGGACUUGCUACUGGAAUUUCUCCUCAACGUGGCGCUGAUGCGGAACACGCUGGGCGAUGCGGUGCGGGCGGCGCUCGCCGAAAAGUCGUGGGUAUGGCUGGAGGUCGCUCACGCCACUGGCUGCAAAGGUUUAUUCGGUGAUUAUGUGAACCCCAUGCGCACCCGCGGUGAGCGCCCCGUGCAUGGAUUCGCCGAUUUGCUGGCGGACUUGCAUGCGUUCCAAGCCGUCGGCGUCGAUCUUGUCUCGGCUUUCGCCAAGGAUUUGGACGUGCCAAAGUUUUUCGAGGGUCUCCAGUCGGUCCGGGGAUACAGCGGCAGUGGGUUCAGAGCCAAAGAAUUAUUGUGCGACUUCGUGGAUUGCCUGUCCCACGCCUUGGGCGGGGACCUGAGCGGGGUGCAAGAGCAGUAUAAAUUGGUCACUGUAAUCGGAGUUGGGCCUUGCAG